GGGUUUGAGCGACUUAUCUCUCAGUCUCACUGUCAAGAUGCAUCCCUUAACAUUCUCCUUGCUUGCCUUGGCUUCUCUGACAGUUUUGGCCCGCGCUAGUGUUCAGAAACAGUUUCAACUUUCAGAGGACUUGUACGAAUCGACGCGUUUCGACCUCUCUAACCUGAAAUACGAGCAUUCACAAAUCACCCCUUAUCUUAAUCUCUCUUCAAUAACAUCGAAGAGCGCAUUUCAGACUCUGUCUCAUCCUCGGUUUCCGCGACAUUCAGUGCGUGUUAAGAAGUCAGAUUUCUGUGACCCCACAGUAUCGGUAUACACGGGCUACCUCGAUGUAGACGAUGGGGCGAAGCAUAUGUUCUUCUACUUCUUUGAAAGUCGGAGAGACCCGGCAAAUGAUGACGUUAUGAUGUGGAUCAACGGAGGACCUGGAUGUUCCUCGGCCACAGGCCUCCUGUUUGAACUGGGUCCAUGUAGCAUCGACAUCAACAAUAUUUCUGAGAAUGGGACAAUGUGGAAUCCUUAUUCGUGGAAUAAGGAAGCAAAUAUAUUUUUCCUCGACCAGCCUGUUGGCGUCGGUUUCUCUUAUGCUGAUUUUGGCGAAACGGUAGAGACUACAGAAGAUGCCGCGAAGAACAUUCACGCAUUCAUAACCAUCUUUUUCGAAACAUUUAAGCAAUUUACUGGGCGUCCCUUGCAUCUCUCUGGAGAGUCCUACGGGGUGAACGGCCGGUAUUUACCUCUGUUCGCGAGUGAAAUCUACGAUAAGAAUCAGGUCGCCCAGGCAGAAGGCCGCCCUACUUUGAACCUCCAGAGUGUCCUGAUUGGCAAUGGUAUCACCGAUAUCUCGACAUUAUAUCUAGGUAGGUAUGAGAUCGAGUGUGGUACGGCGGCCUUGGAUGUCCCUUUUCAGCAAAUCGGUAAAUGUGUUCGCAUGAAGACGGCGCUCCCGAGAUGCCAAGCUGCUAUGAAGAGUAAUUGCAUCGACCAGUUCGAUUCUAUGAACUGUCGUGCUACUGUGGAUUUCUGUGACAACGAACUCAGCACCGGGUAUUGGGAUAGCGGGAGAAAUCCGUAUGAUAUAUCCAAGAUGUGUGAAGGUGAUGAUCUAUGCUACACCGAACAGGGUGCCAUUGGAAAUUUCCUCGAUCUACCAAGCACGCGAGAACUUCUAGGGGUUGAAAGCCCUGGAAAUUUUACAGGUUGCUCUCCCGAAGUAGGUCGCAACUUCAACAAGCACAUGGACAAAUGGGCGCAUCCGACACAGUACUACGUUGCCGGACUCCUUGAAAGAGGAAUCCGGGUACUCAUUUAUGCGGGUACCUAUGACUGGCAAUGCAACUGGGUCGCGAAUAAGUUGUGGGUAGACAAAUUAGAAUGGAGCGGACAACAAACGUAUUUGGUUGAAGAGUGGAGAAACUGGGUUGUGCAAGGGCAGAAGGCAGGUGAGACGAAGAAAGCAGGGAAUCUGACCUUUGCCACGAUUCGAGGGGCGGGACAUAUGGUCCCGCACGACAAACCUGCUGAGGCGCAGGCAAUGGUAUCCAGAUGGCUGGCGAAAGAAGACAUCUGAUGCAGUCGCUAUGGCCGGGACGGCUCAUACCAUGGGAAUCACGAAAAAAGUGAAGUUACAACGGGAGUGCGGCUCGAUCACGGUCAACUUUUGCUAAAGGUCCCCUAUGUUGUACAAAGUAUGGUCGUCAACCAGUAUUUUCAUUUGCUGAGCUUUU